AAUUGCUGAUCUAUUUGCAGAUCUGACCAGUUACCAUUUUCUGCCGUAAUGGAAGAUGAGGAUCCCAUUGAUCAGAAAAAGUACCUUGAGGAAAUCUGCAAGCCAAAGUGUGUGAGACCUUUAAGAGCUUAUCAGGCAUGUGUAGAGAGAAUCAAAGGAGAUGAAUCAGGGAGCAAGCAUUGCACAGGACAGUACUUUGAUUAUUGGACUUGUGUUGAUACAUGUGUUGCGCCGAAGGUCUUCGGCAAACUAAAUUGA